GUACUCCCCCUCAGUAUAAUUUGUACUGUGUGUAGAAGCUAGAUCUAGUACUAUAGAACUAUGUUUACAUUGUCUUAGCACCAGUCUACGACUCAACUAUAUGCUUCCACCUAGGCAAGACACAAAUUAAACCUACUGUGGUUAUCAUUUAAAUCAUGAGGAUCACAAAACAGCUUCUAAAAAAGUAUACAAACUUUCCCCUGAAUGAGGUGGAGUACGUUGAUCUUUCGGAGAAUGAAAUCGUUGCUAUAGAAAGGCUGGAGGUAUGCAGGAGACUGCAAACACUGGUGCUAUGCAACAACCUGAUAGACUCCGUACGGAACCUCUACCACUGUCGACAGCUCUGGAGCAUCAACCUCGCAGGAAACAAGGUGAAAAGCCUCAGUGGGUUGUCAAGGUUUCCUGUUUUGGGUAUCCUCAAAAUUGGCUACAAUCACCUGGACUGGAAGGAGCUGAAGCACCUCUCUCACAUGACCAUCAUCUCACUCACACUGCUAGGCAACGAACGAUUGGACUCGGACCCUCACUAUCGUAAGCAUGUAGUGGACACGUUGCCUCAUGUUUGGAUGCUGGAUGGGAGAAUAGUCUCAGCUGAAGAAAAGAAAAAUUUAUCCCAGUUCUUCGUUCAGUCUCAAUCUUCAGCACAGCCUGUUAGACACAAAGCUACUGAGUCUGUGUUCGUGCCCUCUUCCAUGAAGAAUCUACUUGUCACUGGAGUGUUCGGAGAUAAGACAACUCACCUUAUGGCCUGUUUCCCAGUCAAUUACACACACAAUGUUGAAAUGGACAAGAAACGACUAUCAUACUUGGCCUACUCCAUCCACCAAGAGUUGCAGCUGCAGCAGCGGUACACACACCACACCCCCCUCCUCCCGGACCUGGAGGCACUAAUAGAGGAGAGAGAAAAAGAAACGGAGCAGUGCAACAUGCUCCUACUGUUGUUAAUGGCAGGGCUUGAAUAUGAUCUUCCCCUCAACCUCAUGAGAGCCACACUGGAGACAGCCAAAUUAAACUUUAUUGGGAAAGUGAGGUGUGUGGACUUAUUUGGGCUGCCAGCUCACAUGACCCUGGACUAUGCCUCACUACUCCUCAGUGCUGCAGCUGUUGACAGAGAAGAGAAGAAGCGUGAAGGGAACCUUUAUCUGGAGUUGUACAAGAGUCUCUGUGUUAUCAUGGAAAGUGUACAGAAUAAGAUGGGCUCACUGGAGAUAAGUUUUACAACAAAGAGCCCAAGAAAAGAGAAAGAAGCAUUCUACUUGCAGUGCCACUGUCUACUUGCCUCUGAAGUGAUCCACCUGAUGUGCUUAGUGCCAAUGUUCUUCGAGUCCAUGGAAUCAAGUAAAGGCCUCAUGAGAAUGAUGGCAGUGGCUACCAAGACCUCAAAUGUGUCGGACAUCAUAGGAAGCAUAGCUUGGAAGGUCCAAUCGCGAGGGGGUGACGUUUGGGAUGUGUACCAUGAUGUGGCCAGCUAUCUGCUUGAAGCAACCAGUGCUAACGUGAAAGGGAACAGAAGACUCAGACAUCGCCAGACUGUUCAACGUACGACUUCACAACUACUACAGUCGACUCAAUCCAAGUCUCCUGGACGAGCCCUGAGAGCAUUAUCUGCUGGUGCCGUCUCAAGAAGACCCCGAACCAGAGUUUCGUCAAAGAGUGCCACCAACUCUAGAUCACACAGGGAGCCAGAACUGGGAGAUUUGGUGCUUGUCAGUGACAAUCAAGCUGCAAGGAUUGUUGCAAUACAAGAAUCUGGAGUAGCCGUUCUGCAAAUGAACUCCAAAAAAGUUUUUUCUGACUCGUACUUUUACACUGACACAAGUGGAUUCCUCUGGGAUCGACAGCUUGGGUGCUGGACAAAGGACAACCUGGGAGCUGACUUGAGUCGUAGUCGUCUCACCCCCUCCCCUCCCCCAGCCCAUGAUCACUCCACUCUCACUCUCCCUAGUUCAUCUUCUCUGGACGGUAGCGAGUACACACUCAAGACUGAAACCUCUGACAUCAGCUCCUAUUAUAGUCCAAUCCCGUAUGGACGACCAAUAUCCCAACUGAGCUAUAGGUCAGAUGACCUGCAGACUAUACCUUCACAAGAUGAGCUGGACGAGUCUGCAGAAGAGGAUGAGUCACCCGUCAUGAGAGUGGAUGUAGCCACCUCCGGUACUAACCCUCCUGGCAGUCCCCAACUUGAGCACCGGAGACAUGUCCUACAGCAAUAUUCUGCUCACAACCUUGAAACAGAACCAAUCACGGCGAGCCCCGAAUCUGUGACUAUCCUAAACAAACCAGUACCUGACAGUGAAGAAACUGAAAGAGACAUUUUAAAGACCUUACCACCUAAAGUUCUUCUUGUGAAUACCUGGGAAGCUGAGAAAUCUCUUCCUAAUUGUUCUCAGUCUUCCAAUCCUCACAGUUGCCAUCAGAUGGAAAGCCUAAAAGAGAGUGCUCGGAUGGAACCUCACAUGUCUCCCAUGGAUUCGUACACCUCAACCAGACCGUUUCAACUAAGUUCCAGGGCCGGAGAAAGGACGAGACAUCAAUCUUCUGUCAAGUAUGACGCUUGGGCUGUUGCUAAACCGAAUGGGAAUGUGAAAAACACUAUUUCCUCUUCAAGAAGGCUGAUGACAAAGAGGCUGCCCAAGACACCACCAGUCACAAGGAAAUCAAGAGCAUCGAGUGCUUCCAGUAGCUACAGUACACCUGACAGCAGGGGGAUCUCUAAAAGCUCGACUGUUGUAUUACAGCAGAGACAAUCAAGAGCCACGCCCACCAUUACCUCACAACUACAGGCGUACCAAACACAUGCACAGACCAGUGUGGGAAUGUUCCACUACCAAUCUCCAGCUAAGAGUCACGCUGGACCAAACACUCGCAGGCUGGGUGACAUGCGAAGCCUGUACGUUGGAGGGACAUCAAUUGGAUGAAGAUUUAAAUGGCUCAAAUCUUCACUGUUCAUGUGUAGUAUAUACAUGUAAAUUUAUUUGUGUGAGUAGCCUAUACCUACGUAUGUGCACUGCAUUACCGGUAUUGGCGUUUUUUUGCUUCUCUUUUUAGUUUUGUAAACUGGACACACAUGCAUGUAUGCAGCAUAAUAAUUAUGAAUGUCUUCUUUUAUUUCCCCA